CAACAACAAUCCAAAACAGCAAAACAAAGAAAAGCAAAGCAAAGCAAAACAAAGCAAAACAAACACCCAAUAUUCCAAAUACUAGACUCUUACUACAAAAUGGAUAGCGAUCUAAAGUACCUCCUCUCUCUCCAAGCCGUCCGAGACCAAGCUUCCAAGGUCUUCGAAUCGGCAAAGCGAGGGCAAUUGAAGCACUUCGAGUAUGACGAAGGCCGAAUGGGAGAGGUUGCUGAUUACGUAUCCAAGGUCAUUGAUCGUGAUUUCGGCCCCGAUAAAUACGACACUAUUCCCCCUCAUGGUCGCUGGCAGCAUUUCGAGGUUGGAGACGUUGCACGCGUCGAUUCCCUUGUGAAGCGCUGGUCCAGUGAAGAUGGGGUUGAUCAAACUGAGAUCACUCGACGAUUGGUCGAUCUGUUCUUUGUGUCGGUUCUUCUUGAUGCUGGAGCAGGCGAUGUCUGGCGUUUCAAAGAACCGGGUACUAGACAAGUUGUUGUCCGGAGUGAGGGUAUUGCUGUGGCAUCGCUUCACAUGUUUACAGCUGGAUCUUUCAGUUCUGACAGUUCUCUAAAGGAGAAAGUCGAUGCGAAGGGUUUGAUCCAGUUGCAAGACACCAGCUUCGAACAGCACUUCCAGGUGUCAACUGAGAAUCCUAUGGUUGGAGUAUCAUCACGUGUUAAGUUGCUACAAGCUGUUGGCUCUUCCUUGUUGAAGCACCCUGCAGUCUUCGGGGAGCUCGGCCGUCCAGGAAACUUAGUGGACUACCUCACAGAAAAGGCAUCUGUAUCCAAGGUCCUUGACUAUGAACAGCUUUGGUUCUGCUUACAGGACCUCCUUAUCCCUUCCUGGCCAGGAAACCGCACUGUCUUCAAAGGCCAACCCAUCGGAGAUGCAUGGCCUCUCGAAGUGCUGGCUGAAAUCGCUGAUAGCCAGGGCGAUAAAGACCCCAAGAGCAAAAUACAGCCGUUCCACAAGCUUACACAGUGGCUAGCCUACUCACUUUCCGUGAUCUUUGAGAGGCAGUUAGGCUUCACCUGGAAGAACAUGCAUCUCGGCACUGGACUGCCCGAAUACCGAAAUGGUGGAUUGUUUGUUGAUCUCGGGGUCUUGAAUUUGAAGCCUGAUGACUUGAAAGCUGGAAAGGAAAACUCGGGACAGGACCUUCCACAAUUUGAAGCCUCUGACGAUGUGAUCGUUGAGUGGCGUGCUCUAACUGUCGCGCUGCUGGAUGAACUGCACAAGAUGCUUCAGGAGAAGUACGAGCCUCGAGGAGUCAGUUUGAGUCUUCUUCAGAUGUUGGAGGCUGGGAGUUGGAAGUCUGGACGGCUUUUGGCUGCUGAGUUGCGGCCUGAUACUAAGUGCAGUCCGAUUCUGGUUAUUAGUGAUGGUACGCUGUACUAGUAGGAGUUGGUUAAGGAUAAUUUACCCGGUGGUCAACAUCUAGCGAGUAAAUCAAUCCUCAUAUGACAUAAACAAACCAAAAUUGGUAGAUAUACCGGUGGAGGUGUUUCAUUGGCCGUUGGUAAACCAGUGCGGAGAGGUCCGUCGGACGCGGCCGGGGCCCGCUCAACCACUGCAGAAGGAUCAUUCACAGGUGAUGAAACUAAUUUACAUACUUAUAGCAAGUACAAAUAUCUCUGUAGUGGAAUUUUCUCAAUAAAGAGGCACGACUCUGAAAAAACGAC